AUUUGUCAAAUUCAUAGACCAACUUCAUUACCCUCCGUCCAUGGCUGCCGUAACCUUCACACCCCACAUUCACAGACCCAAAAUCCCACCACCAUUUUCCUCCGCACACAAAACCCCGAAAUCCAAACCCAGACUUUCACCAAUCCAAUCUUCCUUAUCUCUUCAACCCACUUUCUCCGACCCCUUCGUCCUCCAACUCGCCGAAACUCUCGAAGACUCUCUCCCUUCUUCUUCUUCUUCAGCUCUCCAGAAGCUCAGAGACGCCUCCUCCGAGGCCCUCCUGUCGACCCCAUGGCCGUCUCGCAAAGACGAGCCUUUUCGCUACACAGACACUUCCUUCAUCAGACACUCUCAAAUCAAGCCAAUUUCACACCCGCCUCAGUCUUUGACCAUUUCUACAGAUACCCAGUUCCCCAAUUUGGCUAUAGUUGAUGGGUUUUUCGUGAAAGAGCUUUCGAAUUUAUCCGAUUUUCCUGAUGGGGUUUUCGUUGGUGGCUUGGUGGAUUUGUCUUCAGAAAGUGGCGUUGCGAAAAGGGUCGUUGAGUUUUUGUGUGGUGAUGAAGAAAAGGACUUGUUUUGGUCUAUUAAUGGGAUUGGGGCGCCCGAUUUGACGGUGGUUUAUGUGCCCUCGGGGUGUAGAGUUGAGAGGCCAAUUCAUCUUAGGUACUUGUCUGUUGAGGGAGGUGAGAAAGGUUCGGACAAAAUGCCGAUUUCGAAUCCGAGGGUGUUUGUGUUGGUGGAGGAGGGUGGGGAGGUUGGUAUCAUUGAGGAGUUUUUGGAUGGAGAUGAGAAUAAGUGUUAUUGGGCUAAUGCUGUUUUAGAUGUUGUGGUUAGAGAAGGUGGGAAAGUUAGGCAUUCUUAUGUUCAGAGACAGUCUUUGAAUGCUGCCCAUAUCAAGUGGACUUCAGUUAGACAGGAAUCAGGUAGCACCUAUGAGCUCACAGAAAUCAGUACGGGGGGAAAGCUGAGCAGACACAAUGUCCGUAUUAAGCAAUUGGGACCAGACACAACAACAGAGUUAUCAACAUUGCACUUGUCUGGUGAUGACCAAACACAAGAUCUACAUAGUAGCUUAGUUCUGGACCAUCCUCGUGGUUAUUCCCGACAACUCCACAAGUGUAUCGUAUCUCACUCUCAAGGGCAAGCCAUAUUUGACGGAAACGUAAAGGUCAACAGAUAUGCGCAGCAGACAGAUGCAGGUCAGCUAACGCGGAGCCUUCUCCUCGAACCUCGUGCGACCGUGAAUGUCAAACCCAAUCUCCAAAUCAUUGCAGACAAUGUCAAGUGUUCUCAUGGAGCUGCAAUUAGCGAUCUAGAAGAAAGCCAACUAUUCUAUUUCCAGGCUCGUGGGAUCAACCUGGAAACAGCUAGAAAGGCUCUCGUCUUGUCCUUUGGAGCCGAGGUGUUUCAACGCAUACCUUAUCCUUCAGUCCAGAAGGAAGUAGAGAGCCAUAUUAGAAGGUUAUUGGAUCCCACACAAAAGAAGUCCUCAUAAUGGGAUAUAACUUGUGUCCGGUGAUGUAUGUAUCAAUUUGUUGUUCUAUUAAUUAGCAUUGGUUAAGGCAUCAUAAUUGUGUUUCUGAAGUUCAAGCAAAUUUUUGUUCUUUUUGUAAGUUGGCGCAUUUCCUAAUGCGCUAUAUGAUUCCUGAGGAAACCAAAAUGCGAAGAAAUUUUGAUUAUGGCAAUAAAAUGGUUAUU